AGCCAAACAGCGCACCGUCCGAGCCGACUGCACCUCGCGCAGCUCCGGGGACCGUGCUGUCAACCAGCGUCCGGGGCCGCAGCGGGGCCGCGGCGGCGACUCUGAAAACAGCCACCCGUUCAAGGCCAGCGGGGCCCGACCCGGCGCGCGCUGCUGCAUCGUGAUUCGUGCAAAGGGAUCCGGCCGUCCAUCCAGCAGAGUCUGCAGAGAGGCAUCAACAAGUUUCAGGAUCAGUUUUACAAGACAAUAAUAAUACCUUAAGUGUCAAUGAUGUUUCUGCUUCGUCUGAAAGCCCAACCUGGGCUAUGCCAACAAAUGAUGGCUCGACUGUCUUCCACUGCAGCUAAUGCGAAGCAUGGCCUGGUGCUGGGAGUCUACAAAGACGGUGACAAGUACACGCUAACCGAGGAGGCCGGGAAGUUCAACAAAAAGACCGGCGGCCGGCUGGAUGAAAUGCUACAGUGCGCCUCAGUGACAGGGAAGCUGUCCGAGUCCCGGCUCCUGUUCGGUCUGACGCCCGAGUUCCCCGCCGUGGCCGUGGUCGGUCUCGGAGACCGCCACCGACAGGACGUGGACCACGCCGAGGACGUGCACGCCGGGCGGGAGAACGUCCGCACGGCCGUGGCCGGCGGCGUGCGGGCGCUGCGAGAAGUGCGCUGCAGUCACGUGACCGUGGAGCCGGCCGGGGAGCCGGAGGCCAGUGCCGAGGGCGCUCACCUGGCGCUGUGGGCCUACGACGAGCUCAAGGCCGAGAAGAGCCGGCAGAAGACCGUGGAACUCAGCUGCACCGAUGGAGACAGCGAGCCGUGGGGGCGCGGCGUGCACCGGGCGGCCGGCCAGAACCUGGCGCGCACUCUGAUGGAGAUGCCGGCCAACCACCUGACGCCCACACUCUUCUGCCAGCGCGUUUCUGAGACGAUGGCCGGCCUGCCGGUCGAGGUGACCGUCCGAGACGAGGCCUGGAUCCGACAGAACAACAUGGGCGCCUUCCUGAGCGUGGCGCGUGGCUCUGUAGAGCCGCCCCGGCUGCUGGAGCUCAGCUACUCGGGAGCGGCGUCCGACUCGGCGCCGCUCGCCAUAGUAGGCAAGGGCGUGACGUUCGACUCUGGCGGCAUCUCGCUGAAGCCGUCCAACAAGAUGGACAAGAUGCGUGCCGACAUGGGCGGUGCGGCCUGCACGGCCGGGGUGCUGUACGCGGCGGCGCGGCUCGGACUGGCCGCCAACCUGCGCGCCUUCAUUCCGCUCUGUGAGAACAUGCCCGGCGGACGGGCCACCAAGCCCGGAGACGUCGUCACGGCCAUGAGCGGGAAGACCAUUCAGGUGGACAAUACAGACGCCGAGGGCCGUCUGAUCCUGGUGGACGCCAUGUGGUACGCCCAGCAGGUCUGCAGGCCGAGAGCCAUGCUCGAUAUGGCCACGCUCACAGGAGCGAUGGCGGUGGCGCUGGGCUCGGGGGCCGUGGGCGUGUUUACCAACUCGACCGCCGCGUGGCGCCACCUGCGCGCCGCCGGCUCCGUAACCGGGGACCGCGUCUGGAGGAUGCCGCUCUGGAGACACUACACUAAAUCGAUGACGAAGUGUGACCUGGCCGACCUGAACAACAUUGGCGGCGCCACCGGCGGCGGAUCGUGCACGGCCGCCGCCUUCCUCAAGGAGUUUGUAUCCGAGGACCUGGCGUGGCUGCACCUGGACAUUGCCGGCACCAUGGAGAACUCUGCUGACGACGUGCCCUACCUGCCCAAGGGCAUGAGCGGCCGGCCCACGCGCACCGUGCUCAAGUUCGCCGAGACGCUCUGUCGAGACGAGAGGCCCGCCACAGACUGAAACGGAACGGGCGGAGGGAAGAUAGGGGGAUGUUGAUCGCUGAGGCAUUUGUACGGAGAGUCAUGAACGUGUUUUAUAUCGUGGAACAGUCUGAAGACUCCUAUGCUACGUUCACUUUAUCUCUGCCGCGAACUGAGUAGUGAAUAUCGACUGGUCUCGAGAAUUAAAGUGAGAGUUGCGGAAGAUUUGUGUUUUGAUGACGAUGUUUGCGGUCUUUCCUUGGGCGUGAGCUUUUGUUACAGUUGUGUGAUGUGGGUCGGUUACCAACUGAGGGACUAAGAAUCUGACACAUGCUGUUUAUGUAGUGACGAGGGAUGCUCAACAGGUACCUGACAGACAAUACAAUGUUGUGUAUCUGA